AUGGCUGGCUUGUUUUGCUUAGGCGGAAGAGAUCAAGCUCCAACAAGCAGCAACAAACAAGAGGGCCGAGGAGGAGGAGGAGGAGAUCAAGAAAGAGUGGAAGGAGGAGGAGGAGGAAACCUGUAUUUGUACAGAUCAUCAAACGAGGGACAGGCCGAGAUCUACAACAAGGGCUUCGAGAUAUGGCCUUCCCAGUAUCAUCACCCACACCAGAAUUUGAACUACUACUCGUUUGGAGUGGAUCCUAGUUACAGCCGAAGACACUUACACAACGACGACAACGACCACAACCACAACCACAACCACAACCACAACGACGUCGUCCCUGCGGAUGAUCUGUCUUCAGGAUUGAGACUCGCGGUGAUGAGGCAAGGUGGUGGGGGAGGGUUAGGAGGGUCGAGCAGCAGCGGCAUGAAUUGCCAAGACUGCGGGAACCAAGCCAAGAAAGACUGCCCUCACAUGAGGUGCAGAACUUGCUGCAAGAGCCGAGGGUUUCAGUGCCAAACCCACGUCAAGAGCACUUGGGUUCCUGCUGCCAAACGCCGAGAGAGGCAAGAACAAUUCUCUGGUCUGCAACAAAAUCAACAACAACAAGAACAGCAGCAACAGCAGCUACAGUUUCGAGGAGACAAUCCCAAAAGGCAGAGAGAGAGUCAAGGGGGGGCGGGCUCUCUUGCCUGCGUUCGUUUGCCAUCCAACACGUCAGGGUUGGAACUGGCACAAUUUCCAUCAGAAGUGAGUUCACCAGCGGUGUUCCGUUGUGUAAGAGUAAGUGCAAUGGACGAUGCAGAUGACCAGUACGCCUAUCAAACGGCUGUCAACAUCGGAGGCCAUGUCUUCAAGGGACUUCUCUACGAUCAAGGCCCCGAUGGUCAAUAUUACCCAAGUUCUAGUACUGGAGGAGGAGGAGAAAGCUCCUCAGGCGGCCGUCAUGAUCAUCAAGAAGGCGGAGGAGCCCAUCCACAUCAUCAGCAACAUAAUCUGGUUACAGUCGCAGCCACUGCCGGCACCACCAGCCACGGCGGAAACCCAUCUACCACAUUGCUCGACCCGUCACUCUUCCCAACUCCACUCAAUGCUUUCAUGGCUGUUUCGUUUAAUUUAACAUCAUGCACUCAAGUAGAAGAAGAAUGCCUAGGAAGUGGAGGAGGAGAGGAUGAUUAUGAUUGA